CAAUGACGCAUGUCCAGGUCGGAGAAUCUUGCGUGUAUCACUUAAAACGUGGGGCGGGCAGCUUAGCAGUGUGCCCAGGAUCCCGCAAACACACGAUCCUUUUCGAUCCUGUUGCAUAGACUUUGGGCACGUUGGAUACCUGGAGUGUCUGGGAUUGGCUUGGUCGACCAGCUCGACCGCAGAACCAACGAGCCAAGCGCGCGCGCUCGCUCUCCGCGUGCUCCACCCUCAAGCAGUCGACGGCAGUCCGGUGGCGGCGACUGGGCCAACUCGCCCACCGCAUUCAAAAGACCACGAGACUGCAUCCCUUGGAUGUUUGUUCAAGGGGAUGACUGUGAAGGCAGCGCCUUCGACACCUGGGAGAACGUCAGAUCUGUAUAUCCGCUGGGCCUAGGGGAUUUCUACCGGGAGCAGGAUGACGUUGUGAGAGGAAUCACGCUGAAUACGAGCGACGCCUUGCCGUCCGAGAGUUUCGAUUGGCCUUCCCUUGAGGACAGUGACUGGAGCAAGGCCUUGGAGGUUCAUUCAGAGGCUGAAAAGCGGCAGGUGGAUGCAGCCACCCUCGUCUUCGGGCCAGAGGACCUACCGCCCAUGCUUCCUCCGGAGAGUGAUUAUGUGGAGGCCAACACUGUUCAUCUCAGCAACGAGACUCCUGGUUGGAUGGUUGGCCAUCGCUUGCUGAGCUUCCUCCAAGAAAAGGCCGUCUCGCACAUCAAGAAGGUCAACAAAAAGAAAUUUACCAUGAAAGCCUCGGUCCUUUGCAACGGAAACGUUUGCGAGAUCAAGGUACGAGCUUAUCGGACUGGACAAGAAAGGCGACAAGAAACCCUGGUGAUGCUUCAUCGCCUUCAAGGUGAUAGCAUUGCAUUCAACGCUUUGUUUCGACUGCUGAAGCAGGACCUGACAAGCUUGACAUCGGAACUCAAGGCCCCAUGUGCCGUGCCUGCCGAAGUUUCACCCCUCCCAGAGGCAUCCAGUCACGAGGUGCAUGAGCUGCCUGCCGUCGCACAGACGAAAACUACGGCGCCGCCGAAUAGCGCCUUUUUGACGCCCCUCAUGGAUGCUGCUCACAAUGCCGAGGACACCCAAGCACAGGCGGAAGCUGCGGCUUCCCUGGCAGCUGCAGCUGAGGACACCGGCAGUGUGAACGAGCUUUGCACUCACCCAAGAGCACCAAGUGUGAUACAGAAACUCCUCGAGGUAAAUUGCUUCGAGGUUUCUUGUCAAGUCAUGCGCCUCAUUGUGAAGCUAGCAGUAACACCUGGGGCAGAGGCUGUCUUCAGGGACGGUGCCGUAAGGCUCUUGCAGAAGAAGGUCAACGACCUGGCCAAUGGGAAGAUGCUGAAGCAACAGUUCUCACAGGCCAUGGAGAAGCUGAAGCAUGGCAAGGCUUCCAGGAGAGUUCUUUGUCAGUGAAACUCUGCGUGUAUCCGGAUGUCACAGGUGUGAGCCGUCCAGAUGCAGGUCCCAGAGUGGUACUCAACUGGGUUUUUGACUGGGGCACAGUGACAGGUGCGGGAGGUCUUCCGAACCCAGGCGUGUUGCCAAGUAGAGACAGAGCAUCGCAGGGGCACAGCCGUCGCCACUCGAGAGAAAACUCGGGGGACAGAGAAGUCACGGCUUUUUUUGAACAUGAUUGCAGUUCGGACGCGCGGUGGACGGUUCAUGUCGGACAUGCCUGGGUAUGGCAGAGAUAGAUUUGAACUGUUGAG